AUGAAGGUCCUCAGCUUCCUCAGUGCCCUUGCUCUGGCCGGCAGCGCCGCUGCCUGGAACGGCCAAUUGGCAGCCGAUGCCUACAACUCCGGCGAGGGUGGUCAAGUCACCCAGGAGAUUCACCUGACUGACUACGCCACUGGAUCGACCUACCAGGGAUGGCUCUAUGGUGGCUUCAACGGUUGCACAACCACUGAAUGCUCUGUCUACUUCGAGGAAAACAGUGGCGGCAACUAUCAGUUCACAGCCAAGCUCUGGAGAACCAGUGAUGGUUGCCACAACAUUGACUUCCAGGGUGCUUUCGAUGCUGGUCAUGGAUACUGCUGUGGCUCGCUGCCUUGUGAUAUCUCGGCUUGA